UUAACCAUGGAUGUUCGAAAUGAGCUUGAUUUUCAAUUUUUGGAUUUACAUGAUUUAAAUGACAGUGAUAAGAAUCAUUUAAUAGGCAUUUUAAAGUCCAAUGUGGCUAAUGAUACUUUAACAUUACCAUGGGAUACAGUUGAAACUAAUACUGAAGUCACUCCUUCAAUAACAGAAAUUCCACAACUUCAUAAUCAAUGGUAUCACAAUGCAAUGCCACCACCACCUUCAUAUACACAACAAAUAAUGUGUAGUGAUUGGCAGGGACCACCUAUUUAUCCUGUUCCAACAGAUGCCCAUAUACAGCCAUUCAUGCCCGCAAUAACUUACUCCCAUCCUGGAUAUAAUCUUGGUGGUGAAAUUCAUGAUGUUAGUUGCAACAGAGAAAAUAAUAGAAGAAAUAAUCGAGGUAGAGGAAUAAGAAGAGAUAACUUCAACCGUGGAAUGAACCCACCGAAUGAAAUGCAACCAGGAUAUAUGGGAGAGCAAGGACAAUUUCAUCCACCAUUAUCUUUUGUAGUUAUGUACCCAGAUCAAACACAACAGCAACAGUUCUCCGGCCAUGUUCAUUAUUCUCCACUAGCUAUAUAUCCACCAAAUAUUCAUACACAUACAAGCACACACCCUCAUGCACAACCUGCUUAUGGAUAUCCUCCGUAUCAUCAUCCAUCAGGAAAUAUAAGAUGUGUUCGACAAGCAGCACCUAUGCUUUCUCAGCCUACUCAAGAAUGUACAAAAGUACAACAAACUACCAAGUCGCACGAAAAGCGCGUGCAAAACGUUUAUACGCCCGUUAAGCAGCCUUUCCAUCAAGUUAACGAGGAGGACAAUCCUUCACAAACAAACAUAGUCACCACAGUAAUAACUGUAAAUAACAGUAAAGUAGAACAAUGCACUGAUAAUGUGGACGAAAAUGCUGCCAAUAGAAAGAAUUCAAAUACAAACGGGAAAGUACCCCCUGUUAAUGUUAAAAUAGAGCACAAUAUUGUAUCUACUGUAAAUGAAAAUUGUAACGGAGCUGAAAAGAAUGACGUACCAUGCGUUAAUAUUAAUAGUAGUAUUGAAGUAAAACAAAAUGGAGAAACUGAUAAAGAAUACAAAAAUGAAACUGUUUCUAGUAUUAAAACCACUGUUGUUAAAACAUUAUCAAAACCGGUUUCUAAAAAUGAAAACGAACCACAAAAAGAAGAUAUUGCUACGAAAAAUAUACAAGAUGAUGUGGUUAUUAAAACACCAAAUAAUUCUAUUACAGCAAGUGCUCCGAUAAACGUACCCGUUAUGUCAUCACCAGCUUUAUCUAGCAUGUCUUGGGCUAGUAUUUUGAAAAAAGGAAGUGCAGAAACGCAAUCAACUCCAUCAAAUUAUAAACCAACAGCACGCAUUAAUCCUUUACCAACCACAGAGAGUAAUAUGACUCCAAAAAUUCAGUCACUAGCCACCGAAAAAGAUCAGCGUAGCGGUACAACAAUUUUUACUAAUGAAAAUAUCUUAUCCAAUUCACCAAGUCUUGUAACGGAGAACAAAAAUCCUCAAGCAGAACCACUGCAAAGUCGUUAUAAUGAUCCCAUUGCCUACAGAAUGGGUGAAUUUUUAUUAAAUUAUCAUAUGGAUAAACAAACUGUAAGUUUAUUACCCAGAGGAUUAACAAAUCGUAGUAAUUAUUGUUAUAUUAAUAGUAUAUUGCAAGCUUUACUUGCUUGUCCACCUUUUUACAAUCUAUUAAUGGCCCUACCACAUUCUAAAAAUCCCAGUAAAAUGUCUUCCACUCCACUCAUUGAUAAUAUGAUCAAAUUUGUACACGAAUUUACACCUUUGUCCGAUGGUGCACGACUAGCUAGAAAAGAUAGAGCAAACAAACGAGGGGAAGAUACAGUAGUAGAUAUACAAAGUGGAGUGGCCUUUGAACCUUCUUAUGUAUAUACAAUGUUAAAAAAUACUUCAGCUGCCGGUGUUUUUUCUGUAGAAGGGCGGCAAGAAGAUGCAGAAGAAUUCCUCUCGUGCCUUCUCAACGGUAUCAAUGAUGAAAUGCUUGAACUUAUUAAAUUAAUAAAUAAUGACCAAAAUGUAACGAGUAAUAUUGAAAAUAAUGUAAAUUAUAAUAGUGGAGAAGAAGAAUGGAAGGUUAUGGGUCCAAAGAAUAAAGGAUCUAUUACACGGUGCACCGAAUUUGGAAGAACACCAUUAUCUGAUAUAUUUCGAGGACAAUUAAGGUCUAGAGUAUCACGAGCAGGAGAACAACCAACAGAUAACGUCCAACCAUUCUUUACAUUACAACUUGACAUAGAAAAAGCAGAAUCCGUGAAAGGUGCGCUUGAAAUUCUUGUCGGCAAAGACCAGUUGGAAGGAAUGACGUGUAGUAAAACGAAACAGCAAAUAGAAGCUUGGAAGCAAGUUACACUAGAAGAAUUACCUGUAAUUCUUAUAUUACAUCUAAAAUGGUUUGACUACAAACUUGACGCUUGCUCAAAGAUCGUAAAAAGUGUAGAAUUUCCGGUUGAUUUAAAAUUAGAUAGCAAAUUCCUGUCGCCAAAUGCUGUAAAGAAACUAAAUCCAAAACAAAAACAUUAUAAAUUGUUUGCAGUUACUUAUCAUGAUGGGAAAGAGGCAACAAAGGGUCAUUAUGUCACAGAUGCUUUCCAUGUUGGAUACGGUGGUUGGGUCAGGUAUGAUGAUAGUUCGUUAAAAGGUGUUUCUGAAAGUAAUGUAUUAAAACCCACUCCUCCCAGAGUUCCAUAUUUAUUAUAUUACCGAAGAUGCGACACUAUCGGAAAUAAUCAGUCGAAUAGCGCUAAAGCACGUUAA